AUGUUACAAUUACUACUGUUGUUUCACUUAUUCCACUUAUUGUUACGGUAUAAUGCAGUUGGGCAUGUGGCGUUGACGUUCCCUUCAGUACGAUUUCCACCGCUCGAUUUCUUGGAUUCAGCCCGAACAAUUAGUCCGUGUGGUGUACCUAAGCCUCAUAAUCCACUUUAUACUCAUUUAUACGUUGGUGAAUCAUAUAAUUUUACAUGGCGACUACAAUAUCCACAUCAGGGUGGAUAUCGCUUAUCUGUGAUAAAUGAAACUGGGGACAUUGUGGAGCAGUUAGCACCUGUAAAAGGUAGCGACUAUGUUGGCAUCGAGGAUCAAACGUUACAGUAUGCGACAGUUCAUCUUACACGUCCAUGUGCACCGUGUAUAGUUUUGCUUGAACGUCAAGCUUUAGAGUGGGGCCAAGCAUACGGCUUUCGAUCUUGUGCCGAUGUAAAAAUUGUCCAAGAAGUGCAAAAAGAUAAUGAACGAUGCUCGAACCAUGGCGAUUACGAGAAUGGCGAGUGCAAAUGUCGCCAUUCGUAUUCCGGCGAACUUUGUCAGUAUAAAGAUUAUUGCUCAACCGAUGAAGAUUGCUUAAAUGAUGGUAAAUGUAUUAAAGAACCACAUGCCAUGGUUAGAAGAACGUGUUAUUGCGUUUUUGGCUACUUUGGACAAAACUGUGAUCGAACAUUUGGUGCCAAACCUGAAAACGAUAAAUGUUUCAAUUAUAACUAUCCAAAAGAUGAGAAUAAAUACAAUAAAUAUGGUCUUUUUGGAGAAGAAUGCUUUAAAAAAACUAUGCUGAAUGAGGAUGACUUUGUUUAUUCACGAAUUGUCCGAGAUGAACUGGAGAUAAUUUUGGAUUACAAGAGUACAUCAUGGAUUUCAAUCGGUUGGCGACCAAUGGAAAUCGAUCGUUCGUGCCGAUUAUUUCCUGAUUUGGAGAAUACUCGAUAUAAGCGAGAUAACAGAUGGACAAUGAUUUCACAAUCGGCAACUCAAAUGAAUGUAUCUGAAUAUCGAGAUCCGGCCGAUGCGAAACUCACCCCAAUACCAAUACCGAAGCUACCUAAAAAUAACGGGUUGUUAAAAGCAGCACUUUUGGCACCUCUUCAUCCCAUGGAUUGCACAGAUAUUGUGAUCGGUUCGGUGCGGGAUGGCCGAUCGAGAAUCAACGAUAUGUAUACCAGAGACCGCUCCACACCACUUCAUGACAUAUGGCUUGAUGGUGAAGAAUCGUUUUCGGCGGCUUACGGCAUAGAACGUGAUGGUCAAACGAUAGUCAUGUUCAGAAGGCGGAUUGCUGAGAUAGAACCAUCUGACCAUCCGCUAGGACCAGGUAAAAUUUUUGUCAUCUAUGCAAAAGGACAAACAAUGGAAUCUUAUUCGCAUGCUGUCAAGAAGGCACUUGACCAGGGUCCGGUCAGAGAUCACAAUUUCUACAGACACGACGAGGUGAAGUAUCAUGGAAACAAAAAUCGUGGAGUACAUCCAAUCGAGUUUGUUUCUAUUAAUGAACGACCACCGAGUAUUCGACCUCCACCACAUUUUCGAAACUCAAAUCCAUUACAUCCAUUAUCUGAAGUGCACGAUCCUUCUACUCAUUCAGCAGAAAUUUCGAAACUUUCGCAACCUAUUUCGCUAUCAGCGACAACGACAAGUGAAGCAGUAUCAUCUAUAACAGUUGCACUGCAAAGAUCAUUUGUAACGAAACCAAAUUUGACAUCUAAAGCAGAACCAACAGUCAAAAACAAGCUAUUAAUGCAAUCUAAACUGACGCCAAAACCUGAACCAGAACCAAAAUUAAAUUCUCAGGAAAUUGAUUAUUUAUACUUUGAUAACGGAUCGUUGACUUUAAGCCAAUUCCAACUAGUGUACUUCUUUUCUCUUUCUGCUUCUUUCAUGCUAUUAUUUGUAAAUUCGUAA